AUUUGCUUGAAACUGUAGAAGAAAUCCUUCCAGACCUCCCAGAAGACAUCAGUGUGUGGGCGAUGAAGGAUUCUGUCCCACAAGGAGUCAUUUCACUCAAACAGAAACUGUGUACAUCAUCCGACGAGCCUGUGCCACGCAGCUACCACAUUGCCUCAAGCCUUAAGUCUACCUGUCUUUAUAUUUUUACCUCUGGAACAACAGCACGUAUCAUGGAAUCUAACCUGAUGGUCCCAGCCCAGGCCAUGGUAAACACAACAGGACGAACGGCUCAUAAUUCCUACCUGGAGUUGGAAUUGUUCACUGGAGCAUUUCUAUCAGGUCUACCGAAAGCAGCUGUGAUCAGUCAGCUGCAGGCUUUAAAGGGUUCUGCUGGACUGUGGGCUUUUGGCUGUACUGCCGAUGACAUCAUUUAUAUAACCCUUCCUCUGUAUCACAGUUCAGGGUCUCUCUUGGGAAUUUGUGGAUGUGUUAAGUUGGGUGCUACCUGUGUGUUAAAAAAGAAAUUCUCAGCAAGCCAAUUUUGGAAUGAUUGCAAGAAGUAUAAUGUGACUGUGUUUCAAUAUAUUGGAGAACUUUGUCGCUACAUUUGCAAACAACCUAAGAAAGAAGGAGAAAAGGAUCACCGCGUGCGUCUGGCAGUUGGAAAUGGUAUGCGGAGUGAUGUCUGGAGACAAUUUUUAGACAGAUUUGGAAAUAUUAAGAUGUGCGAGUUUUAUGGAGCUACUGAAGCAAACAUUUCUUUCAUGAACCACACUGGGAAAAUUGGAUCAGUUGGGAGAACGAAUUUUUUUUACAAAAUUUUUUUCACUUUUGACUUAAUAAAGUAUGAUUUUCAGAAGGAUGAACCCAUGAGAAAUGAACAGAACUGGUGUAGUCGUGUGAAAAAAGGACAACCUGGACUUCUCAUUUCUCAAGUGAAUGCAAAAAAUCCCUUCUUUGGUUAUGCUGGGUCUUACAAGCACACUCAAAAAAAAUUGCUUUUUGAUGUUUUCAAGAAGGGAGAUGUUUACUUUAACACAGGAGAUUUAAUGGUGCAAGAUCAGGAGAAUUUCCUUUAUUUUUGGGACCGUAUUGGAGACACUUUCAGAUGGAAAGGAGAAAAUGUUGCAACCACAGAGGUUGCUGAUGUCAUUGGAGUGCUGGAUUUCAUACAGGAAACCAACGUCUAUGGUGUGGCUGUGUCCGGUAAUGAAGGAAAGGCAGGAAUGGCUUCUAUUAUUUUAAAACCAAAUAAGUCUUUGGACUUGGAAAAAAUUUAUGAACAAGUUGUAACAUCUCUACCAUCUUAUGCCUGCCCACGAUUUUUAAGAGUUCAGGAAAAAAUGGAAACUACGGGGACAUUCAAACUACAGAAGUUUCAGUUGGUGGAAGAAGGAUUUAAUCCACUGAAAAUUUCUGAUCCACUUUACUUCAUGGAUAGCGUGAAAAAAUCUUAUGUUCCAUUGACCAAAGAACUUUAUGAUAAAAUAAUGUUAGGGGAGGUAAAACUUUAAGAUUUUGUAUACAUGGGAUUUUCAUAUACUUUACUUGGAAGAGAGGAGAGUAUGUGAUUCUUUAAUAUAAAAUGGGGAAAGGGAACUAACACUAAUUAUGCGUGCCACAUUUCUUUAAUAUACAAGAGCACUACUCUAAUUAAAAACUUUCAUUCAUUGAGGCCAGCUGGUGGUGUGGUGGUUGAGGUGGCUGGAUUCCGCAUGGCCAACUUUG